UUCUGCCAUGCUUGGGGCUGCUGCACCCUGCCUGGGGAGGGCAGAUCUGGGGCACUCCAACCCUUCCUUCAUGUACUGUGAACUUCCUGCCAGCAGCAUGUCCCACGGUCUCCCAUCCUGCUGGUGGCUUGGGACACUCCGAGGGCCACAGCUGAGCCUGGCUGCAGGAGCCAGCAGAGGGUCCAGAGGUGAAGUUCUGGCUGGGGUUUGUUUCCAGCUCUUGCAGAGGCUGCCAGGCCAUGCUGAGCUAUUGAGCCUCUUGCUGCCCUUCCCUGCUGCUCACCUGCUGGCCAGGGCUCAGGCCAUCCCACAAGGGUGGUUUGGGGCUGGGCAGAGGGAAGCAGAGAGUGGAAGAAUUCAGUGGUGAGUGAGCAGCUGCCGGUGUGACCUCCUCCUCUGGCCUUGCUUCCUGUGCAGGAGCCCAGCGCUGUCCCUGUCACUUCCUCUCGUCCCAGGCCUGUUCAGGACAGUGUGGGGGAUCGGUUUCAAGGUUACAUCUCAUGUUUCUUUAUCUCCAGUGGGAGAAAUCCGAUGCUCUCCUAAGCCAGCAGGCAGCUCACUCUGGGGACACUUCCCAUGGGUGCUUUGUGGCCUCACCCUGGCAGGAGGGACUGCAGGUGAUGGGCCUGGGGCCAUUGGAUGGGGUCUGAGCUACCAGGGUCACAUCUGCCCUGGUCCCACUCCUGAGCCAUCCCGGACCCUCGUGGUGUCCCUGGACUCAUCGGGAGGGUGCGAGCCCCCACCCUCCCGGUGACCCCCGGACCCCGCCCGGGCAUUCGCCAGCCCCCCGAGGAUGAAGACGCUGGUCCGGCUCUUCCUAACGCUGGUGUGCGCGGCGGUGGCGGCGGUGCUGUACAUCCUGCUCUGCUACCACACCCGCGUACAGCGCUGCUGCUCGGCCCCGGGGCUGCGGGACAGCCCCGCCACGUCCAGCGUCCGCAGCUUCCAGGGCUACAGCCGCGUUCCCGACGGGAAGCCGCUGGAGCGAGCGCUGUGCCGCCACUGCGCCAUCGUCUCCAGCUCGGGGCAGAUGCUGGGCUCGCAGCUGGGACAGGCCAUCGACGGGCAGGAGUGUGUCCUGCGCAUGAACCAUGCCCCCACCAUCGGCUACGAGCAGGACGUGGGGGCACGCAGCACCAUCCGGGUGGUCUCACACACCAGCGUCCCGCUGCUGCUGGGGAACCAGCCCUACUUCUUCCAGCAGUCCCAGGAGACCCUUUACUUCAUCUGGGGGCCAGCAAAAAAGAUGAACAGGGAGAAGAUGGGCUCAACCUACCAGGCUCUGGUCAAGGUGAUGGAGAAGUACCCCCAGCUGCAGAUCUACACCCUGACCGAGGAGAAGAUGACAUACUGUGACGAUGUCUUCCAGAAUGAGACCGGGAAGAACAGGAUGAAAUCCGGCUCCUUCCUGAGCACGGGCUGGUUCACCAUGAUCCUGGCCAUGGAGCUGUGCGAGCAGAUCUGUGUCUUUGGCAUGGUCAGCGACAGCUACUGCAGGGAAAAGAACCACUCCAGCGUGCCGUACCACUACUUUGAGAAGGGCCGGCUGGACGAGUGCAGGAUGUACCUGAUGCACGAGCAAGCUCGCCGGGCCGGGCACCGCUUCAUCACCGAGAAAGCCAUCUUCUCCCGCUGGGCCAAGAGGAGGAACAUCGUCUUCAACCACCCAUCCUGGGCAGGCAGGUAGGGCACCAGCCACGGCGUGAGGCGGCAGGAACCUUGGCAGCAGGGCAGCUCUCAUCCUGCAGCAACAUGUCUCAGCUCUGCCAGUGGCACGGUUGGACACUUUUGCCAAGCCCUGGAGCAGGGAGUCUCCAUCUCUGCAGCAGCAGUGCCUGUUUUCCAGCUGGUGGAUGGGCUGUUGGUAACAUGGGAGGCAUGAGCUGGACCCAUGCAGCCCCACCAGCUCCAAAUGCCUGCCUGGAUGGUGCCAGGGAGACCUGGUUUUCUGCUCUCUCUACUAGGAGGAAUAUUUAAUGCAGGAUUAGACGUGCUGCUGGACUCCAGCAGGACAUGGGGCAGAAAUGCUCAGCCCCGCCAGGGCCACAAACUUGUGCCUCUCACAGGGAUGAAGCUCUACUGUGGUCCUUGCCCCACUUGUGCCCUCUGGACAGUGCUGGCUGUGGGAUGCAGGCAGCUGGAUCCAGGCUCUGCUUUCUGCUGCUUUCUGCCUGCAGCCCCUCAGCUGGAAGCCCUGGAGCCACCUGUGCCCUAGGGGCUAUGAAUUGCCUUGUCACAAGUGUCCUUGGAUUCAGACCAAAGCAAACGUGGCCAUUAAAAUUGUUUUUAAUUCA